GUCGGUUUCAAGGCUGCUGGAAUGAAAUAUGAUAUUUUAAUUGAGCAGGGUGUUAUAUAUUUAAUUCGUAUCAUAGACAUCUUUCAGUCGGACUGCUUUGCGUGACUUGUGGCACUGACGCGAUCUUUUAAAGACCGGUGGCGGCGAUAGAAGGGCCGGCGGCAAGCGUCACUUAAUUAGUUCUUUUGAUCUCGUCUACUAUGGCUCUCCGCGAAGCAGCUAUGUCUUGCUCAUUCAAUGGGUAUUUGUGCCUACCUUCUCUGCAUAGCCGGGCUACCAUGACAGCCACUCGCUCAAGGUCGCUGCGCAGGCCGUGCGCCUUGGUUAAGCAAAUGACGUUGAAUAGCUUAACGAGCAGGUUCUCUUCUACUUUGAAUAGGAAUAACUGCUUUUCACGUUCCAGUUCGGGCAAAGCUGAGGAUUGUGCUAUACAGAGCCUGCCUAGAACACGGCAUCUCUCAUCCAGGAUUGACAGUUGGUCCUGCGAGCUUACACCCCGGCCUUCACAGGCCAGCGACUCGAUACAUUGCUACCAGACCUCUCCAUACACUGGUAGCCAGAUUGCCACUUCUCAUAGUCGCGACCUUUCACAUUAUCUAGCUUCAGAACAAAAAAGAUGUUAUAGCUCGAGUACAGUUCCGCGACCGAUGAUUGAGCAUAUAAUCGACAGUAAAGAUGUCGGGGAAAUCCCGAACCCAGAAACUCCAGUAUUACUAGCCAAAUCACACACCCUGGCUUCAAGCAACAAUGACAUAGACGAGCUUGCCCCGGAAAGCCACCCUCCAACAGAAGAGACGAAACCAGUCCUCACACCAGCCGAGGACUCCCCAACACCCAAGUUCUGGAGCCACACCAUGCUCAAAAGCCCUGAAGGCAAAAACAUUAUCGUGCAUUACUGCAAGACACUCAAAAGCAGCGAAGAAGUUGCGCAACUCUUCCUAAAUGACGAAAUUCUCGGCUUCGACAUGGAAUGGAAAGCCCAGGCCUCCGCCUGGAACAGCAUCCAAGACAACGUAUCUCUAAUCCAAAUCGCAAACAGAGAGCGAAUCGCUCUCUUCCACGUUGCCCUUUUCAGACCAGGCAGAAAGCUCAGCGACCUCGUCCCUCCAUCGUUGAAACAAAUCAUCGAAUCCCCAGACAUCACAAAGCUCGGUGUAUCAAUCAAAGCAGACUGCACGCGUCUCCGCAAGUACCUCAAGGUCGAUGCGCACGGGAUCUUCGAGCUCAGCCACCUCCAUAAGCUGGUAAAAUACUGCCAGACUAACCCGAAACUCAUCAACAAGCGCCCUGUCAACCUGAGUGAGCAGGUGGAGGAACAUCUGGGGCUCCCGUUGGAGAAGGCGGAAGAUGUGAGGUGCAGUGAUUGGACGGUAUCUUUGAGUUAUCGUCAGGUCCAAUAUGCUGCAUCCGAUUCUUACGCUUGUAUCUGCUUGUUUGAUACUAUGGAUGCGAAACGAAAGGCUCUCGACCCUCGACCUCCUUUGCCUGCUCAUGCGGAUUUGGAUCUGCCGAUUCGUAUUGUGCGAGAGCCGACCGUGACGACGGUCCCGGAUGAUGUCGAGGUGGUCAAGCCUUAGUGGCUUACUUUGCGGAGGCAGAGUAACGAUACAGUGAAAUUAGAUGGUUUCACGGCAUAUGCAUGCUCCCAUGAGCAGACGGGAUCGUUGCUGCCUGGAACAACAUAGAACGACUUGAUAUAGUUUUUGGUCGGUUGGAAUAAACCAGAUGUUGGGGCUUUAAACUUCGAAAGUUGGAUCUACAUUAGAUCUCAGAGCUAGAACAUGAUGUGAUACCCAUGCUAGAAUCAAGAUAUACGGCAUUCUAAUCAGGAAAUAAAUAGAAAGUCAUUGACAAUCGAG